UCCGGCCGACGGCGGAAGUCGGAAGGCGGAGCGGUCCCUGCCGUCAGGCUGGCAGAGCUGUCUUCCCGGUCCUCAGUCUCGGUCCAGGGAUCCCCCGGGCGCACCCCGAUGCCGAGCCCGCAGCUUCUGGUGCUCUUCGGCAGCCAGACAGGCACUGCUCAGGAUGUGUCGGAGAGGCUGGGUCGCGAGGCCCGCCGCCGGCGCCUCUGCUGCCGGGUGCAGGCCCUGGACUCCUACCCGGUGGUGAAUCUGAUUAACGAGCCCCUGGUGAUAUUUGUUUGUGCAACUACAGGCCAAGGAGACCCCCCUGACAACAUGAAGAACUUCUGGAGGUUUAUAUUCCGGAAGAACCUGCCCUCCACCUCCCUCUGUCGGAUGGACUUUGCCGUCCUGGGCCUCGGGGACUCCUCAUAUUCCAAGUACAACUUCGUGGCCAAGAAGCUGCACCGGCGGCUGCUGCAGCUCGGGGGCAGCGCCCUCCUGCCCGUGUGCCUGGGCGAUGACCAGCACGAGCUGGGGCCUGACGCUGCCAUCGACCCCUGGUUGCGAGACUUGUGGGAGAAAGUACUGGAGCUGUGCCCAGUGCCGCAGGACCUCGCUGUGAUCCCCCCUGGAGUCCCCCUGCCCUCCAAGUUCGCCCUGCACUUUCUCCAAGAGGAUCCCGGCACGGGCUCUGAGGAGCAGAGGGCAGCCAGCCCAGGCUCUCAGGGGCCCCCGUCAGAGUUGCAGCCCUUCCUGGCACCUGUGGUCGCCAACCAGAGGGUCACCGGCCCCUCGCACUUCCAGGACGUUCGGCUGAUUGAUUUCGACAUCACGGGCUCCGGCAUCAGCUUUGCUGCUGGCGACGUGGUGCUAAUUCAGCCUUCGAACUCAGCCGCCCAUGUCCAGCAGUUCUGCCAGGUGCUGGGCCUGAACCCUGACCAGCGCUUCACGCUGCAGCCACGGGAGCCAGGUGUCCCCUGUCCCCCAAGGCUGCCCCAGCCCUGCUCCGUGCGGCACCUCGUGUCCCAGUACCUGGACAUCGCCAGUGUCCCUCGCCGCUCCUUCUUUGAGCUCCUGGCCUGUCUGUCCGCCCAUGAGCUGGAGCGGGAGAAGCUCCUGGAGUUCAGUUCUGCCCAGGGCCAGGAGGAGCUGCACGAGUACUGCAGCCGCCCCCGCAGGACCAUCCUGGAGGUGCUGUGUGACUUCCCGCACACGGCUGGCGCCAUCCCACCAGACUACCUGUUGGACCUUAUCCCUGCGAUCCGGCCCCGAGCCUUCUCCAUCGCCUCCUCUCUGCUGGUGCAGCCCUCACGGCUGCAGAUCCUCGUGGCCGUGGUGCAGUACCAGACCCGCCUCAGGGAGCCCCGCCGCGGCCUCUGCUCCUCCUGGCUGGCGUCCCUGGACCCUGGACAAGGAGCCGCGAGGGUGCCCCUGUGGGUGCGGCCCGGAGGCCUGGCCUUCCCGGAAACACCGGACACACCUGUGAUCAUGGUGGGGCCUGGCACAGGGGUGGCCCCUUUCCGAGCAGCCAUCCAGGAGCGUGUGGCCCAGGGCUGGACUGGAAACAUCUUGUUUUUUGGCUGCCGCAGACGGGACCAGGACUUCUACUGGGAGGCGGAGUGGCGGGACCUGGAGAGGAAGGGCUGCCUGACCCUGGUCACGGCCUUCUCCCGGGAGCAGGUGGGUGUGCCUGGAAACCGGGGGUUGGGGGGCAGCAUUCAGGCUCAGCCCCUGCCCAUCUCCCACCCUGCAGGAGCGGAAGGUGUAUGUGCAGCACCGGCUCCGGGAGCUGGGGCCGCUCGUGUGGGAGCUGCUGGACCGCCAGGGCGCCUGCUUCUACCUGGCAGGGUGAGCCGAGCCUGGGUGUGGCAGGAGUGGGCCCAGCCCCCCGGGGUCUCGGCCUCACUGAGCCCUGUGCGCAUGGCCCUCCAGCAACGCCAAGUACAUGCCGGCCGACGUCUCAGAAGCCCUGAUGUCCAUCUUCCGGGAGGAGGGCGGGCUCUCUGGCCCCGAUGCGGCUGCCUACCUGGCCAGGCUCCAGCGGACGCUGCGCUUCCAGACUGAGACGUGGGCCUGAGGAGCCGUCCUGGCAGCCCACCCGGACUGAUGGUCGUCCUCUGGGCCCAGGGAAGGAAGUCCAGAGGGGAGCACCUGGCAGAGGGGCCAUUGUCACCUCCAGGCCUGGUCUGGGUCCAGAGUCCUCUCAGACCAGGCCUGGGGCUUGCAUGUCCCGCUGGUCAGACAGCAGCUCCCUGCGUACAGCCACGCCCCCUCACCCCCGAGGCCCCGCCUCUCAGCCCUGGCUUCACUGCAGCCUCCGCAGGCCCUCCCCUCCCUCGCCCUGACACGCAGCUCUGUGUCCAUGUCUCCCCGACCUGGUCAAGGUGGUGCCCUGGGCAGCACCACUCACACAGGGACAGUGACCCUGGAAGGCACAGGCAGCCUGCUGAGCCCUUGUGAGGUGGUAUAGGAUCCCUGCGAGGCCAUUCUGCCCUGGGGACUCCCCAGCCAUUCCCACUGCAGCCUGCUGUUAUCCCAGUCACCCCUGACACCUGCAGGACUCAGACGGGCAGCCUGGCCUCCUGAGGUGCUGUGGGAGGGCCCAGGCCAGCGCAGCCCCUUCCUCUCCUGGUUCUAGGAAAGCCUGGGCAGUAAAUGACGCCUCCCAGUG